UAAAAAAAUAUUCUUAUAGGAGAAGAAAAUUAAGCUAAUUUUAAGGUAAUUUAAAUACGGUGUAAAUAAAUAUUUACCAAUGCGCAAAUCAUAAACCAUGUGGCAGACUCUAAACCAACCAAAUAAGCCCACCGUGGCACCGUCCACUCUCCGUUCUCCGAGCACUGAGCAUCUUCCAUUUCUACAAGCUUCGCGAUUAAUUCUCCCAAAAACCAACUUCUUUGCCAAGUGGCAGAAACUUGUUGCAAUCUUCAGAAAAAAGCUUGACACAUGGACGGACACGAGCUUAACAGAAGUACCAGACAGACAAAAGCUUGACUACCAAGGAGCGAGCUUUUGGCCAUUGUAAGGAAGUCUUGGGACUCGUAUGUACAAUAAACAAGUGCAAUGGAGGAGGGAGUUGUAAUUAAAGAGGACAAGGAGACAGUGGUGGCAUACGCUGUAGGAGUUGUGUCUUCUUCUUCCUCGUCUUCAAGCUUCCAACCACAGCAAAUGGAGGUUCUGCACGAGGUAGGUCCACCUCCAUUUAUGACCAAGACUUAUGAAAUGGUUGAAGACCCAUUAACAGACUCUGUGGUUUCAUGGAAUAGAGGCCGCAAUGGCUUCAUUGUUUGGGACUCUUACAAGUUCUCCACUACUCUGCUUCCUAAGUACUUUAAGCAUAGUAACUUCUCCAGCUUCAUUCGCCAGCUCAACACAUAUGGAUUCAGGAAGAUCGAUCCUGAUCGAUGGGAAUUUGCAAAUGAAGGGUUUAUGGGAGGGCAGAAGCAUCUCCUGAAAACAAUAAAGAGGAGAAGACAACAGCAAAGUGGACUUCAUGAUAAAGUGGGAGAAUUCGGAUUAGAAGGUGAACUAGAAAGAUUGAGAAGAGAUCGAAAUGUGCUAAUUGCAGAAAUCUUGAGACUUCGGCAGCAGCAAAAGCAGUCAAGGGAACAAAUAUCUGAAAUGCAGGAUAAGUUACAAAAUACACAGAGAAAACAACAGCAGAUAAUAUUAUUCCUCGCUAAGGCUCUCAGCAAUCCAUUUUUGAUGCAGCAAUUCUCUGAGAGAAGCAUACAGAGGAGAGAAGUGAGAGAUGUUGAAAUUGGGAGCAAGCGAAGACUCACGGCAAGCUCAAGUGUGCAAAAUCUGCAAGACAAAGCUGCUUCUGUGGCAAUGAAUGUGGGCAAAAUUGUAGAAUACAAAAAUCAAGAAUUGGGAACAAUAGAAACAGAGAUAGAUGCAUUUUUGUCAGCUGCCUUGGAUGGUGAAUCAAGUAGUGAUGUCAGAGAUCCAGUAGCAGGGUCUAAUAGUGUGGACAAUUUGGGUUCCAGGAAUGAGACGAUUUGGGAGGAGUUGCUGAAUGAUGAUAUAAUUGCUAGCAAUCCAAGUGAAAAAGUCAUCUCUGACAAUAAACCAGAAUUUGAUAUGGAGGUUGAGGAUUAGGUGUUAGAAAAUCUCAAUGGCUGUUGCAAUGUCGAUUCUUAAAUUAAUGUGCACUGAAUGUCCAAUGGUGUUGUGUCGUAUAAAAAGUAACCCUUUGUGUCCAAUCAUUUUCUAAUUUGAGUUUCGAAACCACAAUGAUGAAGGAAGAUUGUUGGGUACGAAUGGAUUUUGCAAAUGGAGGAAGGAUUCAGAAGGGGUCAAUCGGCGAUAUGGAGGACCUGGA